GAACUACGGCAUACGUACGUUAACGUACUGACGCUUUAUGUCUCUAUCAUUUUCUUCUUAUUAAAUAGAGAGAGCAAUAGUCAAAACGUUAACGAUUUCGUUCGAUUCGUGACGUAUUUAGACCCCUGUUUUCACUAGAGGCCAAAGAGAUAAUUUCGUAAAUGAGGUCAGUUCAGAUUUAAAAAUCAUUUUUUUCCAUAGAAUUUGACAUUUAAAUGAGAUAAUUUUCGUAAUUACCUCAUUUGGGCUCUAGUAAAACUAGGCUAUAAAUGAACGUAUUUAAAGAAAAAAUUAUCAACUUGGCAUCACUGCAGUAUGUUUCAGUUCCUCUUUGUUUUGCAACAAAAAUGUUGGCUUCACUUUAUUUUCUCAAACUGUUAUAAUUUUGUAUGUUCUUUUCCAUAUUCUUUUGACACUUUGAUUUUAUAACAGAAACAUUUUCUUCGGCAUCGGUUUUCUUCAUCUUCCGUGGUGUAAUAAAUAUUAAAAAAAUAAAACUUUUCUAUUGAAAUUAGAUAAUAAAUUGCAAUUUUAUUGUCGAAAUAAAUUGUUUAAAAUGUUUUAUUAAAAACUUUGAGUUGAACAAAAAAAAAAAGUCAUUUUGAAUUUUUAAGAAAUCCGGAUAUAAACAAGGAACUCACUACUUAUCCAUCCUCCAAUAUUCUUAGCAUUGUUCCAAAUCAUAUCUUAUUCGCUUUCCAAUAUUCUCUAAAAAGCACUCUCACAAUAGCUGAAAAAUGGCUAACCAAACCAAGGCACCUCCGUACCCAAAAGGUAAUAAUAAGUUUUCCGAUGCAAAACUUCGCGAUAUCAUACCAAACUUGCCAAUCCAAGAAUGCCUCAAAAUCGAAUAUAAAGCCAAAGGAAUUUGGUUUAGAAUGAUAUCGAAGCGGGCCAUUAAUCGCUACAAUUGCGAAUGCUGUGGAGUAGAAAAUUUAGGCCCUACACCAGUGCUCGACCAUUUGCGGGGCAAGAAACAUCGUUUAGCAUUGCAAAUUGCUGAUAAGCUCUUUCAUCCACAGUAUACAGCUCCGCGGCCAACCAAGUCACCUGCACGUACACCGCUUCUUGAUGCUUAUUUGGCUUCUGAUCCACCUCCAGUUAAUGUAAAUACUGAUAAAUCUUCAGCUAUGAAUGAAUCCAAAAGUAAACCAAGUGGACCAAGGGUUACAAGUGCUCCAAAUGCCGUACCGAAACCAAAACCAGGGCCAGCUUCUGCUCAAAAACCUAAGCCAGAUGGCGGUACACAGGCAAAGUCUACUCCAGUUCAGAAACCAGGUCCUGCUAGUAGCAAAAAGCCAAUAAAUGCUGUAAAUAAUAAACCUUCAGACACUGUAAAGGCGGCCAAAGGAUCUCCUGGUCCUGGAAAGCCUAACGAAACUGCUGCUGCCAAGGCUAACGAAACUUCUGCUAUUGUUGCCAAGGCUAACGAAGCUUCUGCUACUGCUGUUAAGCCUGCUGAUAGCAAGCCUACUGAUAGUAAGUCUACUGUAAGUAAGCCUACUGAUAGUAAGUCUACUGCUGACAACAAGUCUAUUGAUAGCAAGCCUAGCGAAGCUUCCGCUGCCGAAGCCAAGUCUAAAGAAUCUGCUAUUGAAUCUAAUAAAAAACCAGUUGAUGGAAAAACUCAACCAGAAAUUGUUAUACUUGAUGAUGACGAUGAGGAUGUAGCAGACAAUAAAAGGCCGCCACCUUCAAAACCUGCAGUUCAAGACACUGCUGUAGGUCGGGCAAUUCCAGUUGCUGGAACGGCUGUACCAAAAUCACAGCGAUUUCCGCAACGCGGCCGAAAUGUACAAGUGCCAGCUAACCCAAUACCACCUGCAGAUAGAGUUAUUAAUCCUGCAGCAGUUAUAGCUCAAUCAGCUGAGCUAGAUGAAAAUGAUAAACCCCGUUACCAACAAAACCGUGUAAUUAUACCUUCGGUUAAUAGAAAAAGAGGGCCAGAAAAUCAGCAAGCAACACCUGCAGCUGAGCAACAACCAAACUUUUCUAAAAAGUCAUUUUCACCUAAAAUAUCGUCAACCAAUGAAAUGGAGGGCAUAAUCGGUGUGGAAUACGUUGUAAAGAUCCUCAAGGUCUACAACGAUCCCGAUCCAUUCUAUGAGUGUUGCUUGUGCGAAGUGGUUCUCGAUGGAAUUGGUAUGCAAACCCAUUUACUGGGUUAUAACCAUCGCUUCAAGUACUUGGAGAAGCACUUUCCAACAUGUUUCAAUCAGUACAAAGAGCACUAUGGCAAUAUCCAAGUGAUGAGCAUUGUUUUCGAUCGUGUUGCUAAAGCUAUUGAAGCCCAUCAUGGUAGGGAAUUACCAUACGAAUGUCUGAGUGGAGAAUUCCGUUCGAAUCGACAUGGAGUUAUGACAACUGUUUACUCUUUUCGACAUGCCUCAGAAUAUUCGGGGCCAUCGUUUACAAACAUUGUAGACGCAAAGCAAGUGGAUGAGUUAUAUCAGAACAAAGUUAUGUAUCGUCCACCAAAGCCAGAUCCAAAGCGUAAACCAACAUUUGAUACACGCAUUGGUGCCCCGGCUGCAAAGAAGGGAAGAAUUGAUCGUGAUCGUGAGCAUGAUCGUGAUCGUGAACGUGAAAGAGAUCGUGAUCGUGAACGUGAAAGAGAUCGUGAUCGUGAACGCGAAAGAGAUCGUGGCCGUGGCAUGAAUGGAUCUUCUAGUCGGCGGGGACAGCGUGUGGAACAAGAGAUAAGCACUCCAGUUGAUGAUGCAACUCAUAAGCUAUUGGUUGAGGAAUUCCUCAACCAAACUCGAGGAAAGUCACGUUCACCUGUUCGUAAUAAUAGACGACGUAAUAAUAGAUCGCGUUCACGAUCACCUCUUCGAUCGCAACCACGUAAACGAUCUGUAUCACCAUUGCGUGAAGACGACAUAUGGCAAGCUUAUCGACAUCUUGUUGAUCGCUCCAAAAAUGAAUUGGAUGAAAUGUAUAAAGAAUAUCGCAAAGAUCCCGAGAAGCAUCCAAUUUACGAUGAAGAAUGGCGUAAAUUCUGGAAGCAUCGUAAAGAUCAAUUGACUCGUGAAGGUCUCGAUCACAGAAACUAUGAUUUCCAACCCGAAUGGGUAAGAUAUUUUGCUGUGCGCAUUGAAGAACUUUAUGAUGAAGCUGUAGAAGAUAUCAAGGUUAGUUCAAGAAGACGCUUGAUAUUGCCAAUGACUAAUGAUGAGUUGCAAGAUAAAAAAUAUCACGUCAAGACACCUCCGAAAGAAGUAGAACCUCAACCUCAACGAUACCAACAACCAAAAGAAGAAGAACCAGCCAAAGUAUCAUUCACUGAUAAGAAAACGUCAGUGGUAAGUGUGUUGAGACUGCUAACAGCUUUGGAAGACUAUUUGGGAAGCUUGGGACCCAAAAUUGUUGAUUUGCUAUCGCAAGCGCUUCUUGUAGAGAAAACCAAUCCAAAUGAAAUUAAUGAGAUUAUUUUGAAUCUUGAGAACUGUACAAUUCUUGAGACUGCUAUGGAAAAAUUGAAAGGUGUCUUGAUUGCUGGACUAUUAGAAGGUCCCAAAGUUAGGGCAUUUAAUAAUGUCAUAACAGAAACAGACAAGAUUUUGAAAAUUGCCUAUAAAAUAAGACGUGAUAAUCCUCAGCCUUUGAUGAGCAAACCAGUUCCGAAGGUUUUACAACAAGAUUUUCAACGAAAAUCAUUCUCGCCCCCUGCCACUGCACAGCAAAUUAGAGGCAAUGCAAUGGGUGGAGCUAGUACUGGCGCUGCUGCUAGUUUGCUAUCACAAAUCGAUAAGAAAGAAUUGGCAACCAAACUAGCUGCAGCUCUGACAGCUCAAGGAAAAACAGAUUUUAAUCCAGAGCAAUUACAGCAAUUGAUUGCUGUGUAUUCGUUAAUUGAUAAAAAGAAGAGAGAUUCAGUAGCUGCUUCAGAUAAGCAGAAGAUGACACUCUCAGAUACAUUGACAGCACUAUUGAAUCCAUCGGCUGCUGGUAAGAGUGUCGAUGUUGGUGGAAGCUUGGGACAGUUGUCUAAUCGAUUGGGAGGAGCAGACAGUGGUGGCGGCUCUAGAGGAGGAAACUUCUUGAAUAGCAGUGAAAAAGUUGGAGCCAUGAGUAAUUCAUCAAUUACUAAUUUUGUAAGCAUGUUGAAUAGGGAUAAUCAUCAGACAAGCGGCGGCAGUGGAGGUGACUCUGAGAUGUGGCAAAAUUUACAAAAUAUUCAGAGUUCAUUGCGUUUGCAAAAUAAUUCUUCGAAUCCUACUGGCGGGGGGUUUGGAAAUAAUUCAGGAAAUGUUGAUCGUGGUUUUGGUAAUAAUAAUUUGAUGGGUGUUAGCGGAGGAGCUGGAAACUUUAAUCGAGGCGGAGGAGGAGGUGGGUUUGGUGGUCAAUCUGGAAAUGACUUCAAUCGAGGUGGUGGUAGUGGAUUCACUGGAGGUAAUCAAAAUCAAAGUCAAAGUCAAGCUAUGGAUGAUUUUGAGGCUGGUUUUCGUUCAGGUGUCAAUAAUUGCAAUCCAUCGAGAACGGGAGGAAAUGAUAAUAUGAUGAGUGGAGGAAGAGGAGUGAAUGAUUUGUUGGGAACUGGAGGAAGAGUUGGAAGUGAUAUGAUUAGUCGAGGAAGGAUGGGAGGAGGAGGAGGAGGUGGAGGACCAGGUGGAGGACCAGGUGGUAACAACAAUUUCUCUGGAGGAAAUGGCGGUGGUGGAAAUAAUUUCCCUAACCGAAUUGGAACAGGAGCGAACAACACCUUGGGCUUUUCAAGAACUAGUUUCCUAGGAGGAGGAGCUAACAAUUUUUCUGGAUUAAGCAACUUUUCUACAUCAAUUACACCUGGCCCUGCAAAUAACAAUUUCCAGAGAAGCACUAUGGGUGGAACGGUCGGCGGCGGAUUAGGAGGCGGUAACAAUAUGGCAGGAGGUAACUUCAAUCGUGCUGGUGCCAAUAGUGCUCAAUCGAACUUUGGCAGCGUUGGCGGUGGUGGCGUUAACUUCAACAACCAACAAAAUAGAAACAAUUCUGGUGGUGGUCCAACUUUUGGAUCAGCUCCAAAUCAAAGGAAUCAGGCGGGUCGCCCCAACAACAAUAUGGGUGGUUCAAAUUGGAGAAAUCAAUGAAAGUAGAUUUUUGUUUUUUCUUAUUUCCACAUAAAGUAAUGUAAGAUUUUAUAUUAAAUUAAAACAAGAAUAUUAUUAUAAAACAAAAAAAAAACAAAAACAAUAUUUGACUUAGUUUUAAAAAACAUCUUGUAUGUAGUUCAACACAAUAUAAUGUUCUCUUUUUAUCACAAAGUAGUUAUGGAAAGAAUAUCAUUGAUGAUUAUUUAACGAAAAUUAUAUUUUUUAAUACGAUUGCCAGAAUGUUUAAAAGCAUUCAGUAACUAAAUAAUGUUUAUUAAAAGAUUUUACUUUUAGUCGUAUUAUUCAUAAAUAAACUUAACAUUAAAUUUAAAUUUAACUUUAAACUUCAACAUUACAUUAAGUAUUAUGAUUGUUUCAAUCGACAUUAAUGUAAGAAAUUAAAAACUUAAAAUACAAUAAAAAUGUUUUGUAUAUUUUAAUUUCAUCAUCAAUAAAAUAAAAUAGAUUUAAUCAUGCUAAGCUGAUAUACAUAAUAUGAGAAUAAACAAUAAAAGAAAUUUAUUGGAAUUUAAAUGAAUUAAUUGAAACUUUUGUUUGCAUUGUGUUUAAUUUGAAAAUUGUGUAUAGGUAGUUUCUUAUUUUGAAAGAACUUCAGUCUAUAAAGUAGGUAAGUUUUCAGUAUAAACUUUAAGUAACUAAUUGUGUUGUGGUAGGCAUGACAAGUUGAGCAUUUUUUAUUAAAUUUCUAUUGAAGCAAUCAGUUUUGCUUGCUUUUUUCCUAAUAGACCUUUACAUUUUAACAUUCAAGAAAAAUAAGAAGCGAUCAUUGUACAUUUUAAAAAUCAACAAUUUUUUUUUUAAUAAUCAACUAAUUAUUUGUAAAUGUAAAUUAAUUUUAGAUUUUUUUUUAGAAACAGUUGGUUUUCCACUUUUGUAAAUUUGUAUUAAGCAGUUAAAGUCGGUAUCCUUCAAGCGAUCAUAACUUAAGAGCGCUUUUAUGAGCUUGAAGAAUUACAGCCUAAGUCAUAGAAGUUUUUCUAUUUUGUAUUUCUAUCAUUUACGUAUGUAUUCAUGUAUUCAUACAUAUGUUCAUAUGUAAGUAUAUAAAGUGUUUUUCAAUACAAACGGAACUAUUUUGAAUUUUUAAAGUCGAUACUUAAUUUUGUGUUUUUAAAGUCAAUACUAAAGUAUGUAGUUUGAUUAUGUAUAAAACGUUUAAUUGCAUCGAAUAUUAUUUGAUUUAAUUUGCUUUGGUGAAAAUGUGCCGCCCGAUACCCGAUAUCUGUUCACAGAAUGCACCAAAGUGUGAAUUUUUUUCGGAUUAAACGUAUUUUUGAUGAAUAGAAACACCUAAUUUGAAGCAGGUUGAGUUUUAAGCUUCUCUGGCAGAUUCUUGAAUUAAAACCGUUUUUGGGAGAAUUAUAUUUUGUAAACAAACAAAAUAUGUAAAUUUGAUUAAGCGACAGAAAAAUAGCACAAUAUUGAAAAGAAAACCAUGCUAUUCGCAUUUCAGAUAUGCUUAUUAUAUUUUUUUCUUUCGGUGUGUUCUUAAAAUAAACUUAUCGAGACAAAAAAAGUCUUAAAAAUACCGUUAUCUUGGUUAGUCAUUUGCACUUAUAUAAAAUUUGAACUCUCACUAGGAGACACAGAAAUAGCAAAAAUGUGCGAUUCAAAGUUGUAAAAGAGAAUGAAUUUCAUUGUUCAUUUGACUUCGAAAAAAAAUGAGACUUAUUUUCAAUUUUUACAUUCAAAGAAAAAGUGCUUCUCAAAUAGAUUAAAUGGUGUACAGUGCAAUUGAUUUAGUAAGUUCAAAAAGAAAUUUAAACUUUGAAAAUAAAUUGCGCAGGCUUCCUCAUUGCAGAACUUCCAUACGAGUGGAACGAUCAAAUUGAGUACUGAUCUUUACGUCAUAGUGGUUAAGAUUUGGCAAACAAAAUUAAAACACUAAAUCUCUGGGCCGAAAUCAAUGAUACUUUACUCCACGAGAUACCAGACAUUAGUUGAAAGUUUAUUAAAGAGAAGUUAUGAUUU